AUGCCCACGACCUCGCUGCUGCUCUCGGCCCUGGGCCUGCUCCUCUCCGGGGCCGCCGUCAUCCGGAGCGCCGGGGCCCUCGAGACGUACAUCGUCCAGAUGCGCGAGGACGACUCGCAGGCCUCGCGCCUCCUGCGCCGGUCCGUGAUCGACGCCUCGCUCGACUCCGUCGCCGUCGACCGCGCCGCCGUGCUGUACACCUACGACAACGCCCUCAGCGGCUACGCCGCCGCGCUCACGGGCGACCAGGUCGCCGCCCUGCGGGGUCAGCCCGGCGUGCUGUCCGUCCGGCGCGACGGGGUGAACUACCUGCACACCAGCAGGUCGUCGGCCUUCCUCGGGCUGGAGGACGCGGCGCUUCUCGGGCAGGGAUACGGCGGCGGAUACGGCGGCGGCACCGAGGGCCUCAACGGCACGAGCAACAACAGCAACAACAACAACAACCCAGAGUCGGACCUCGUCGUCGGCGUCCUGGACACGGGCAUCUGGCCCGAGAACCCGAGCUUCCACGACGACGGGAUGCCGCCGGUGCCGGUGUGGUGGAAGGGCGAGUGCGAGGAGGGCGAGAGGUUCCCGGCGACCAGCUGCAACCGGAAGCUCGUGGGCGCGAGGGCCUUCUCCAAGGGCUACGUCGCCAACGUGACCAACGGCACGGGGGUCUGGAACUGGACGGCGGCCGGGGAGACGCCGUCGGCCCUGGACGACAGCGGCCACGGCACGCACACGGCGUCGACGGCGGCCGGCGCCGCGGUCCCGGGGGUGAGCCUUUUCGGGCUGGCGGCCGGCACGGCGCGCGGGAUGGCGCCGGGGGCCCGGAUCGCCGCGUACAAGGUCUGCUGGGCCCGGGGGUGCAUGGACUCGGACAUCAUCGCGGCCAUGGACUCGGCCAUCGAGGACGGCGUCGACCUCAUGUCGCUGUCGCUCGGCCCCAGCGAGCCCUCCUUCAACGAGCUGGAGGGCAUCGUCGUCGGGUCCUACGCCGCGGCCCGGAAGGACAUCUUCGUCUCCGUGUCCGCCGGGAAUCAAGGACCCGGGCUCGGGACGGUCACCGCGCUCGCCCCCUGGAUCCUCAGCGUCGGCGCGAGCACCCUCGACCGCGACUUCCCCGCCUACGUCACCCUCGGCAACGGUAAGACAUACACCGGCGCCUCCCUCUACGUCAACGGCUCCGUCCCGGGCGUCGCGCCCCUGGCCGACGGCGAGGCGAUCGCCCUCGUCCUCGGCAGCCAGGCCGACAAGGGCAACGCCACCACGGCGUCGCUGUGCCUGGACGGCGGCCUCGACCCGGCAAAGGUCGCCGGGAAGAUGGUCGUCUGCGCGAGGGGCGGGAACAACUCCCGCGUCGCCAAGGGCGGCGUCGUCAAGGCCGCCGGCGGGCGCGGCAUGCUGCUCGUCAACCCGCCGGCCAACGGCAACGAGAUCGUCGCCGACUCCCACGUGCUCCCGGCCCUGCACCUCAGCGCGGCCGACGGCGCCGAGGUGGAGGCGUACGCCAGGUCCGGCAACGGGACGGCGGUGCUGAGAUUCGAGGGGACCCGCCUCGGCGUGCCGGCCCCGCUCAUGGCCGGCUUCAGCUCCCGCGGGCCGAACGUCCCCGUGCCGCAGCUGCUGAAGCCGGACAUCACCGGCCCGGGCGUCUCCAUCCUCGCGGCGUGGACCGGCGGUGUCGGUCCCACGGGCGGCGCCAACGACACCCGCCGCGUGGCCUUCAACAUCAUCUCCGGCACGUCCAUGUCCUGCCCGCACCUGAGCGGCAUCGCCCUCUUCGUCAUGGCCCGGCGGCCCGAGUGGAGCCCCGCCGCCGUCCGGUCGGCGCUCAUGACGACGGCGUACACGACGACCAAGGGCGGCGACCAGUCGCCGAUGCUGGACGCGGCCAACCUGCAGCCGGCGACGCCCCUGAGCUACGGCAACGGCCACGUCGACCCCGUGGCCGCCCUGGACCCGGGCCUCGUGUACGACAUCCACCCGGACGACUACUUUGGCUUCCUGUGCGCCAUCAACGCCACGUCGGCCUUCAUCGGCGGCAUCACGCGGGGCAACCGCACGUGCGCGACGGACGGGGGUUACAGCGCGUACGACCUCAACUACCCGUCCUUCUCCGUGCUAUACGGCGGCGCGCCGACGCCGGGCGCAGCCAACGGGACCUACACGGCCACGCUCAGGCGCACCGUCACCAACGUCGGCGGGCCCGGCACGUACACGGCCGAGGUCUCUCUCCGCGACCCGGGCCUGGUCAAGGUCUCGGUGGAGCCCGCGACGCUCUCCUUCGCCGCCGCGGGGGAGAAGCAGGGCUACGCGGUCACGGUGACGAUGUGUGCGCCGCCCAGCCGGAACGCGACGUCGUCCGGGAGGCUUGUGUGGUCCGACGGGACCCAUGUGGUGGGCAGCGCUCUGUCUUUUGUAUGGGGCGUCGGCUCUUGA